AUGGCGCGCGAAUUCCGGUACCGCGACGGCGUGGCCAUCGCUCAGAUUAUCAUAUUUUCCCUGUUUCUUGCUUUCGGCAUUCUUUUUCGCGUGCAAAAGAAGAUGGGCUGGUUCGGGACAAUACGCAUAAUCGGCGCUGGUUGCAUGCUAGGCACAAUCACCAACAAUUCUAGGGCAGUCUGGGCUACCAUAUUUGUCUGCGAAUCACUAGGACUCGUCCUCCUCACUUUCACUUUGCUAAAUCUUCUGAAGAGGGUAAACUCGUUCAUCCAAGUCCUCACCCCGUGGCACUUCCACAUACCCGAGCUAAUCUGCUGGACCGGCCUCGCCAUUUCGAUCGCCGACUACGUUCUUGCAAGCAGAAAAACAGACAACGCCAUGGCGCCUGGGUCGCUGACCAAAGCUGGAGUAGGGCUCUUUGCAGCACUUUACUUCUGGGGAGUGCUGCUUUUUAUACUCCUAGCGCGGAAGUGGAAGCAGGUUCCUCAGUCUGAAAGGCGUUCAUUGAUUGGCUUCGCCUCCUGUUUCCCGUUUAUGGUUGUCCGAAUCUCAUAUACGAUAGCCUAUGUCAGUACAGGCGCCAGAAGGUUUAGCGCUGUGGACGGCGACACGACAACUUACCUUUUCAUGUCUAUGCUGAUGGAGUUUGCCGUCUUGGCUUGUGUGGUAAGUACUGUCUGGGGUCUUGACAGGUUAUAUGAGCAAGUUGAAAAUCCCGGGCGCUCGAACAGAGAUGGGAUUGGAUUGGGAGACCUCGUCGACUCAAGUAAACAACGAGUUCGGGGUCCCGAAUCAUGA